GUCAGUCUCCGGGCGACAGAAUCUGAAGCGUUCCGCUGGUGUCGCGAUGGGACACAGGGCGACGGGAUCCUAGACGCGGUGUACUAUAAUGGGCUGUGUCUCUACAGGUGUACUAUAAUGGGCUGUGUACACUGCAAGGAUAAGGACAAGCUGACCCCAGCUGAUAGCGUCGUGCCUCCGAGCGCCUCCUACGGUUAUGGAGCACAGCCUGCUUAUGGGGCGGAGCCUAGCGCCUACCCCAGCAACAGGGGAGGAGCCAUCCCCAACUACAACUACCACCCCCCGAUCGGGCAGGUCUUUGGGGGGCCCACCACCUCCAUGCACACAGGCACCCUGUCCAGAGGAAGCUCAGCAGGAGUGACGCUCUUCGUGGCGUUGUACGACUACAGCUCCCGCACAGAAGACGACCUGAGCUUCAAGAAAGGAGAGAAGUUCCAGAUCACCAACAGCACUGAGGGCGACUGGUGGGAGGCUCGCUCUCUCUCUACCGGGAACAGCGGCUACAUCCCCAGUAACUACGUCGCCCCCGUCAACUCCAUACAGGCAGAGGACUGGUACUUCGGGAAGCUGAGCAGGAAGGAGGCUGAGAGGCAGCUGCUGUCCACCGGGAACCUCCGAGGAACCUACCUGAUCCGGGAGAGUGAGACCAGCCCGGGUACGUACUCCCUGUCCAUCAGGGACUCUGAUGACGUCAAAGGCGACCACGUGAAGCACUAUAAGAUCCGCCAGCUGGACAGCGGGGGGUACUACAUCACCACGCGCGCACAGUUCCACACGCUGCAACAGCUGGUGCUGCACUACUCAGAGCGUGCGGCCGGUCUGUGUUACCGCCUGGUGGUCCCGAGCUACAGAGGGACCCCCCGGCUCAGCGACCUGUCGGUGAAGACGCGGGACCUGUGGGAGAUCCCGCGGCCCUCGCUGCUGCUGCUGCGGCGCCUGGGCAACGGGCAGUUUGGGGAGGUCUGGAUGGGCAUGUGGAACGGGACCACCAAGGUGGCGGUGAAGACCCUGAAGCCGGGCACCAUGUCCCCGGAGUCCUUCCUGGAGGAGGCUCAGAUCAUGAAGAAGCUCCGUCACGACAAGCUGGUGCAGCUGUACGCCGUGGUGUCGGAGGAGCCCAUCUACAUCGUCACCGAGUACAUGGGCAACGGAAGUCUGCUGGACUUCUUGAAGGGCGUAGAAGGUCGAGGACUGAAGCUUCCCAACCUGGUGGAUAUGGCUGCUCAGGUGGCGGCGGGCAUGGCCUACAUCGAAAGGAUGAACUACAUCCACCGAGACCUGCGCACCGCCAACAUCCUGGUGGGCGAGGGCCUGGGCUGUAAGAUCGCCGACUUCGGUCUGGCACGACUCAUAGAGGACAACGAGUACACCGCACGCCAAGGAGCCAAGUUCCCCAUCAAGUGGACGGCCCCGGAGGCUGCGCUCUACGGCCGCUUCACCAUCAAGUCCGACGUCUGGUCCUUUGGUGUCCUGCUGACCGAGCUGGUUACCAAGGGCCGGGUACCAUACCCAGGGAUGAACAACCGAGAGGUGUUGGAGCAGGUGGAGAGGGGGUACAGGAUGCCCCUCCCCCAGGACUGCCCCCCCUCCCUGUACGACCUGAUGAUCCUCUGCUGGCGGAGCGAGGCCGAGGACCGGCCGACCUUCGAGUACCUGCAGGCCUUCCUGGAAGACUACUUCACCGCCACCGAGCCCCAGUACCAGCCCGGGGACAACCUGUGAGCCCGUAUACCGGGGCUCACCUGGACCUGGGCUCACCUGGACCUGGGCUCAGCUAGACCUGGUCUACCUGUUCCGGCCUAGACCCGGUCCACCUGGUCUCUCUUGGACCUGGUGUACCUGGUCUCACUUGGACCUGGUGUACCUGGACUAGGUCUACCUGGUCUACCUUGUCCAGGUCUACCUGGUAUCACCUGAACAUGUGUUAUCUGGUCUCACCUGGUCCCUCUUGGACCUGGUCUACCUGGUCUUAUCUGGACCUGGCCUCACCCGGACCUGGUUUACCUGUUUUAACCUGGACCUGGUCUCACCUGGUCUCUCUUAGAC